AGAAUUCAAAAAGACCUCGACACAAGCAUAGCCAGAAAAUCAAAAAACAUAAAUCGGGAAUUAUAGAAAAAAAAGAAAAGGAGAAAGCUUUACUUUCCAGUUUGCGGCAGAUUACUUGCAACUAUCUGCUUUAACUUCGUGAUUUCGUUAAUAAAAAUAUAAAAUUCCUGUUGUAUCCGAGAGUCAUUUAAAUUAUUACAUUUUACAAGAACCCGGCACACAAAAGGAAAUUUUUUAUGUCUAUAUAAGCGCAAAUCUUCCAAUGAGAACUUUUAUAUAAGCCAGGAUCCGUAAAGCUACCAAGUAAAAAUGGAUACCACCGCCGAACGUCAGGUGAGACUGGAAGGAGUGGAACGUGUGCUCAAGAUGUCCCAGGAGCGCAUCAAGAUAGCCAUGAUCAUACCGAAGCUGCUGGAGCACCCCGAGAAGCUGAAGAGCGUCCUGAAGGACACCUGCUAUGAGGAGGUCCUCGAGCCCAUCGAUGACAUGAUCCGCCAUCUUGGCAAGCAGAGUGGACGUUCCAAGCUGCCACACGACCACACCACCAUGCGAAUCGUGGACUUCUUCCUGGUCAACCAUAGCAUUCACCGAUUCUUUCCGCACUUGAAGAAGAACCUACACGAAAGGGAUCGCCAGUUGCUGGCCGCCUUUCACUUUCUCCUGGAGAGCGCACACGUCCAUCUGCACCGGUCCUCGCGAAGCGAGAUCACCAAGGAGCGAAAGCUCCAUGCCAUCUAUCACCAGAAUGUGGACAUCAAGAAGAAAAUCAAGGAACUGAAGGCGAGCCUGGCCUUCCAGAAGGUGAUUGGCAAGUGGAAGACGGCCGCCAAGGGCAUCUAUCUGAUGAAGGUCGAGGAGGAUCUGGCCAACAAGAAGUGGCAGAACAACGUGGCCAUUCAGAACGAAAUUGAAAAGUGCCAUCGCACGAUGCGAAACUACCACAAGAGCAGCAUGGACAGGCAGAAGGAAUUGGAGGAGGAGCUGCAGAAUGCCCGGGAGAGCUACGAGAAGAUGACCAAGAAGCAUCUGGCCGAGGAGCACGAGCUGCGAAACGAAAAAAACAAGUUGCUUCUCCAACUGCAGAGUAUGCUAAAGAAGUACGACACCAGCCUGGGCGAAAAGAUGCGCGAGAAUCUGGUGGCGGAGGAUCAGUAUUUGGCGGCCAAGAAGGUCCUCGACGAUUUCAUGGUGCAGUACAGGCAGGAGGAGCGCAUCUACAAGAACAUCGUGGUCAAGCGGGAGGAGGAGGAACGCCGCGUGCAGCAGGAGAAGCUGGUCAUCUUCAUGAUGAACCGGGCGGCGGGCAAGAUACAGAAAUACUGGCGCAAGUGGAAGAAAGAUCAGCGCAAGAGGAAGCGCCAGGGAAAGGGCAAGGGCAAGAAGGGAAAGUAGUGUCCCAAACCGGAUCUCUGUAUAUUUCUACAUUGUACAAUUUAUAUGUAGAAAUACGAAUAUAUUCCAACCUUCUACUACUACUA